AUGCCGUCUUGGGUGAGACCAGAUUUUGACGUUUUGCCACGGCAGUCAACGUUGCGAGAUAAGUGCGGUCAUCGUGUUGGUGUUCCAACAUCAUUGUUCCGGCGAGCCCAUGGCAGAACUUCAGCAGCGGGACGGUGUAACUGGCAUGGUCAAGCUUUCGAGGGCGUCGAUGCAGCGAAAGGCCAUGUUAUGGAAGAGACGAGUUGGAAAGGGCGAGGUCAGCAAGAAGGUUGGUGGGAGAAGUGGAGGUGGAAGUGGAAGUGGAAAGAUGACGGAAACAGGGUUCUUUUAUUCUUCACUCCACGUACUCAGGCUACCAUGUCGUACUCACACGCCCCAGAGGAUCCCUCGCUGGACGAACCAGCGUCAGGACAAGCAGCUCUCUUGUCCUUCAUCUCGCGCUCCUCCCUUUCGACCAGCCAGGAAGACGACGCACUAUUAUUACCAGCACGCGAUGAUGACUCCGAGCCGCACAACAUUCUUCCAUUGCCUUCCCACCAUCCCUCAACCACCCUAACCUUCCGUCAAGACGCUGAACUUCGUGAUCCGGUCCUCCACAAUUCUUUUCUUGGCAUAUCCGAACUGAAUGAGCAUGCCGCUAGACGCGCGAGAAUGUUAGAACAGCUGGGCCAGUCCGAGUUCAAAACUCCUUCGUUUUCCGAUUCUGUCGCAGUGGCAACUCCUUCGUUCUCCGAUUCUCUCCCGCUGGCAAGUUCGUCAUUUGACUCGGAGCGUACCGUCACGCUUCCAACCGAAGUCAACAACAAAAGCCGCUUCAGAUCAUUCAUUGACCGCAUCAACCGACGCCAAUGGAGCUUCCUGAGCAAUGAAGUCCACGGGACAAUUACCUAUAACAAAGAGGAUAUCUCACUAUACCAGUUCGUGGAGUCCUUCAAACAGGAAUUUUCACACAGAUCAUGUACCCAAAUGGAAAUUGUCACCCUGAUUACUGGCACGCCAGAAGAAGAGGAGCCUGUCGCAGCGAGGUUGAAGGUCAAGGAUCUUCUGGUACAAGCACCUUUUAUGGCUUCCUCACAAAGAAAGCAGACUGAAUACACGCGACAUAUGUUUGUCUACUUUAUUGACGAAAAAAUCAGCGAGAUUCAAGACAUUGUCGAUAAAGCCGAGAAGCGUCGGCAGUCGCCCAACAUUGUGCCAGUUCCCAAGUUCAGGCCCCCACCGCCUCCGUCUUCCAUCGACCUACGACAGUUUUAUGACGAUUAUAUCGCGUGUAUCAACGGGCAAACCAUGCAACAAGACUUACACCAAUACUGCAAGGAGACGGUGAUCUGGAAUGGAGCGGAAAUGGCUCUGAACCACUACGGCCAGCUGAUGGAGAAUGCGUUUGACGCUAUUGCCGGCCUGCAGUUUGUGCCACGGACCGUUCUGAUCGACGAGGCGAAGCAGCAGAUUGCUGUCCGUAUCGAAUUUUCUGGGCUGCCCAUCAAGCCAUUUGGUGGUGCUACGCCCAAUGGGCGCCGGGUGCAUUUCGCUGAGCAUGCCUUUUACUGGCUCGAGCAUGGCAAGAUCUCGCAUGUCUUGACGAUUGUCGACUGGGCGGAUUUCAAGUCGCAACUUGAUUACUAGUAGUACGAGGCCGUGUUGCGAAUCAGCCAAAGCACUGUUCAAGACUACGGUAUCCGGCAAAGUGGAAGAGUCGCAUCCUCGAUCACCGCUCUGUGGCGGCUUACUAAGGCGUCAUGUGCCUCGCUGUGUUGAGCAAAAUAGGGGAGACUAUUGGAGUCCACUAGGCAGCAACAUCACGACAAUUGAAGUAGUUGAAUCCUUCCGGCACUAGCG